AUGCCCUCCAAAAGACGACAGCGUGGACCAGGACCCGUUGACCGCCUGAGCUUCACAGAAAACAUUCUUGUCAUUGGAUCACCUUCGCCUCCUCCAGAACUGGGAUUCAUCACUUCCUUGACAAACUGUAAGAAACUGAAAAGGGUGUAUAUAAAUAACAAUCCAUUGAAUGGCCGCCUUCCGUCUUCCAUCGGGAAUUUUUCUGGUGCCCAACUCAACGCUUUUGUGGCAUCUAAGUGUGGGAUCACAGGCAAUAUUCCCAAGGAAAUUGGCAAUAUAAGCAGUCUGGAAUCCUUGUUUCUCAACAACAAUUACUUGAAUGGAUCCCUUCCAAAUACAUUCAGUGGAUCAUGGAAACUCGACAAACUUGUUCUUCCCAACAAUGCUCUGCACGGGUUGAUUCCAGAAGAUCUAUGCCAAUUAGCAUAUUUGGCCUCUUUAGAUUUGGGUGGAAAUCACCUUAUUGGUCGAUUGCCAGACUGCCUAGGAAAUGUUACAUCUUUACGAUCCCUUAAUCUAACCUCCAACCAUUUUACAUCCAAAAUACCAGUAAGUCUGUGGAGACUCACAGACCUCUCUGAAUUUAACUUGUCCUACAACUCCUUCACUGGCUCUCUCCCCCAGGACAUUGGGAAUUUGACGGGUGCCACUCUAAUAGAUCUGUCGAACAAUCGAAUCUCCGGCAAUAUUCCUAGCGCUAUUGGUGGUCUGCCAAACCUGGCCUAUCUUUCCUUGGCAAGUAAUAAUUUUAGCGAACAAAUUCCAGAGUCAUUUGGCAACCUUGUAAAGCUGUGGUCCAUAGAUCUGUCCGGUAAUUCUCUCACUGGAGAGAUUCCCAUGUCACUGCUGCAACUUCCUCUUCGUUAUUUUAACGCAUCAGGUAAUUGCUUGAGUGUGAAAACUGAUCAAGAAUGGAAAUACAGGUUUGGAAGUGACAGCGUUCUACCAAAUGGAAAAUUGUGCCCUCACACGGCGACGGAAACAUCAAUUUCCAACUUCAAGAAUUACACACCAAGAAAUUGA